AUGCGCCGAAUUAUAAUUGACACCGACCCCGGCGUGGACGACGCCAUUGCUAUCCUGAUGGCUUUGUCUGCUCCUUCGGUGGAAGUGGUGGGGCUGACGGUGGUGGGCGGCAACGUGCCCCACGCCCGGGGCCUCUGUAACGCCCUGGCCCUGCUGGACUUUGUCGGGCGGUCGGAUGUACCGGUGUUUCGGGGCAGCAACCGUCCCCUGGUUGGCAGAUUCGCCAACGCCCAGCAUUUCCAUGGUACCAGCGGCAUCACCCGUCGCCUUCCGGAACCCACGUCCCAACCCGCGCCACAAAGGGCAGUGGACUUCCUAGCCGGGCAACUCACUAACCACCCGGGACAAAUAACCCUGGUGGCUAUUGGCCCCCUUACCAACCUGGCCCGCCUGGAACGGCGGCAUCCCGGUAGCCUGUCCCGGGCAGCGUCUCUCGUGGUAAUGGGCGGUGUGGUGGACUCGCCGGGCAACAUCACGCCCCACGCCGAAUUCAACUUCUACUGCGACCCCCUGGCCGCCCAAGAAGUACUGGCUACCGGUGUCCCCUUGACCUUGGUGGACCUGGACGCCUGCCGGCAGGUAACCCUCAGCCGCGACCGGGCAUUCAACCUCAAAGCGAAUAACCGGUUUGGAAAGCUGGCACUGGAGAUCAUCCAAAACUGGUUCAAAGCCGACGAGGGACGGGAAAGUAUGCUGUUCUACGACCAGAUAGCCAUGGCCGCCGCCUUCUGUCCGGAGGUAAUUACGACUCGCCAGGUAGCCGUGACGGUGGAAACCGGAGGGCCCGAAGCAGGCGCCAGCCACGUGGUUGCGACCGACGGCCCGGUCGCGGUGGCGGAUGUGGUGGACGUGGAGCGGCUGUUUUCGCUCAUGGGGGAGUGGCUGAGGUGGGAGCAGGUAUAG